GUCGGUUGAACAAGGGCCGCGGCGGUUCUUUUUCUUCUCUUCUUUUGCUGCUUCCGAAAAUGGGAAUCUCUUGGGGUUUCCGAGUUUCUUCAUCAAGAAGAGGCGACGUUCCAGUUCCGUCUUGCCGUCGUAUGAAGAGAUCUUUGAUUCCGUACCGUCUGAUCAGCGGCGGCGCGUUCGUCCCGCGGGAAAAUUGAAUUUCGACGGCUUUUGAGCUCUGAUAAAACUACACGGUGGCGGGAAGGGAUUUUUUCGACGUGGGAAGUGUAUGGGCCGUUGGGCUUUCAUGGUCUGUAUUGGGCCUGAAUGAAUGGGCCGAAACUUGAGGAAGCUUGGUUCCGGCGAAAAUGGCUGGAGCUGGAGAUUGGUGUUGAAUGUUGAUGGAAGAAAUCAGAUAUCGGGGCGAAUCGUCGGACGAUGACGGACUGCAAGUUCCUCUUCAGCAACGGCGUCAUUACCUCAUCGCCCGACGUCCCUCCGGUAGCCACUUUACUUCAAUCUCACCCAGGCGCGUACACGACGACGCGGACUCACAGCGACGGCGCUUGUAUCUUGUUCUGGGAACGGCACUUACGACGGCUGUCAAACUCUGCCCGAAUUCUCCUCUCUAGAGACCCACGGCUUCUCUUCAAGCCGGAGAAAUCGGAGCUUUCCCUUCCACCGUCGUUAGUCGAGUCAUCGGCGUGGGAUUCUGCGGUUGAGUCUCUGGUUAAGGACUCCGUUGACCAGGUGCUGCCGAUUGCGUUGAGAGAAGGUCUGAGGAAGGAAGGUGAGGAGCUGGCGAUCACGGCUCUUGUCAGCGGGAAUGUGGAGAAGCUCAGGGGAAUGGAGAGUGCGAGUGGAUCAGACAGUCCGGCGGAGAUGCUGGAUGUUUAUGUUCACUUGGCCGGCUACGUUGCUCUGGCAUUUGAUCGGCCGGAGGGUGCUGCGAGAUUGGCGGUUGUGGGGCGAGGCAGAAGCGUGGCGGAAGCUAAGUAUUCCGACUGGGUAAGGUUAAGGAAGCCGCUGGAGAGAUUGAGACCUACUUCGGUGACGGAACUCCUGUUGUCUAACGAUGGAGAUCAUUUGCUUGAAGGCUGCCUGACAAAUUUCUUCGUUGUUCGUCGCAGGGAAGGGAAAGGAGUUGGUGAAAAUCCUUACGAAGUACAGACAGCCCCCAUUUCUGAUGGUGUUCUUCCAGGAAUAAUCCGUCAACUAGUUCUUGAGCGGAUUCAUGAGUCAUGACAAAGCUGUUUUGACUAUGAUUCUAUGAAGAGUGUGCUUAAGCAAAGGGAUAUCAGUUCAAGAAGUUGCUCCUUCAUGGUCUGGGCGUGACUUUUGGCAGGAAGCCUUUGUUACAAGUAAAGUAUACGUUUCCUUACCUCAUCAAUGAGUUUAGGGUUGCAUGAGUUAUCUGUCUUUGUAGUCAGUUUAAGUUGUUGGUUGCUACAGUUACUUGGACUGGCAUGGUCACGCUUUGGUCUUGUAAUAGAGAACAUUAGCAAAGCAGAACGAUCUCACGGUAGUUAUCUGGUUAAUCACUAGCAGUCAUUAUCAUCCUUUCUUUACCCUGCUGGUACAGGAUUUUGCCGAGUCUUUGUUAAGGUUCCCAAUUCUGAAUGCUUCUGCAUUGGAGGGACAUGUAUCUCAUCCAACUAGCUUAAUGUUUGAUGGUUGAGGUUGAAAUUCAAUCCCCUGGUACUGCCGACUGCCGAGACCCAUUCCCACUCAGUUGAAGUAUUCAUUUUUAACUACAGAUAGCCUGAGGAUCAUACGGCCUGUGGAAAGAAUCCAGUUCCCACAUUCAUGGGAGUCCUUGGAACAUAAAGAUCCGGAGGAGAUCUCGUGGGAGGAAAAGCAGUUUGCGAUGAAUCCUGGGAGGAUCACCGCAAUAAUCCAGAAUGAGGUGAUGAAGAAGGCGUUCGUGGAGGGAUAUCCAAUCUGAACAGUUUGUACUCUUGCAACGAGCAUAAUGAAAGAAGCCACAAAAACCACUUUCUCAUUGAGGGCCAAAUUUGGCCUGGAAGAAUGACAAAAUGUGUCAUAUUUCACACUUUAAAAUCUUUUGACUAUAGCACAGUUCGCAUGCAAAUCUUGGUUUAAACAGUAAACCGCAUUGGAGGAAAAAGUUUGUGGUAGGAUACUUUUUUUUAUUAAAUCGUUGUUUAACCUUUCAUACCCAAAAAAAAGUAUUGUACCGACUUUGAUUCCAAUAACAGGUUUUUCGGAUUGGAC